GUGAAGGUCCUCCAGGGCUAAAUCCCCCCUCCCCCUCCCUCCCUGCCUUCUUCUUCUCUCUCCUUUGCAAAAGCCCCUCCUGGACUCGGGUGAGUCUCCUCUCUCCUCCCCCUGAGGGUGCAAUGGGGAGAAGGGGGUCCCAGGGGGGCAGGGAGGAUGAAUGGGGGGUCCCUGCUCAGAUCAUGCCUGGUGGGGGGAGACCCCCAAGUCAGGGAGCAGAGGGUCCUCCCUUGUCCUCUCUGCCAAGCCAGGGAGGGGCCACUUCGCAGGAAAUAUGCAGCUCUGCUCUUCCUUUUUAGGGAGGGGGUUUUGGGUCAAGGAAAAGUGGGCUGGCAAAGAAACCCCCUUCAGAGGGAGGGAUAAGUCACCUUUGUGAACUGAGGCUGCAGCCAGACGGGAACAUUCCCACGUGGGGGGAGCACAGGGAGAAGAAAAGCCCGUCUGCAUCUGCAGCAGCACAACAGGACCACUUCCUGUGUCCCAGAUGCAACAACACACGUCUCUCCCCCAUCAUUUAAAUACACAACAAAAUUGUUCCAUUAAGCUACUGAAAUUAGCAUGAAGGAAAAGAAUAAUGUUAAAACAAUGCAGCUAUUAAGAGGCAGAAAAGAACAGAGCAAUGUGUAGAAAAAUAUCAUCUUUCUUCUCCCUUUUUCCCUUAGGGUCCAGUGUGCUUUGAAGACGUAGCUGUUCCUUUCACAGAGGAGGACUGGGCUUUGCUGGAUCCUGACCAGAGAGCUCUGCAGAAGCAAGUCAAGGAGGAGAAUCCUGGGAUCAUGGCCUCUCUGGUAAGGCUCCCUGCUGGAUCAUAAGAUCAGUUUUGAAAUUCCAUACAGAUCUCUGAAGGACAAACCUCCUCUAUUUUGAGGGAGCCCCAUAGCGCCACCUGCAGCAUCUGAGAUGUUAACACACCCACAACUCUCCAUAGGAGAUGUAUCUCCUGUUCUGUCUGGGAAUAUUCUUCCACCAGUCCUGCCUUUUCCAACCGUGAGGAGGCUGGUCUGAGCUGCCCAGGCCUUCUUCAGUGUAAUCUUCAGAGAUAUUAAGGACAUGGAGGUACAUCCUGUCUAAUUUUCUCUUUCCCUUUCUGCAUCUGUUUUUGGUUGAGCAAAGAAAUGACUGAGCUUGGAGAUGGGAGGGCUGGGCUUGCAAGGGUUAAGAGGAGCAGAGCUGGAUUCCUAGAGAGGAUGGGAAGUGGAGGGGGAGUGAAGGUCCUCCAGGGCUAAAUCCCCCCUCCCCCUCCCUCCCUGCCUUCUUCUUCUCUCUCCUUUGCAAAAGCCCCUCCUGGACUCGGGUGAGUCUCCUCUCUCCUCCCCCUGAGGGUGCAAUGGGGAGAAGGGGGUCCCAGGGGGGCAGGGAGGGGCAUGGGGGUCCCUGUUCAGAUCAUGCCUGGGGGGGGAGACCCCCAAGUUAGGGAGCAGAGGGUCCUCCCUUGUCCUCUCUGCCAAGCCAGGGAGGGGCCACUUCGCAGGAAAUAUGCAGCUCUGCUCUUCCUUGGGAUCCAGAUGCUGCCUUCCUUUCGGGGAGGGGGCUUUGGGUCAAGGAAAUAAACCCCCUUCAGAGGGAGGGAAAAGUCACAUUUAAGAACAGAGGUUGUAGCCAGACGGGAACAUUCCCACAUGGGGGGAGCGCAGGGAGAAGAAAAGCCCGUCUGCAUCUGCAGCAGCACAACAGGACCACUUCCUGUGUCCCAGAUGCAACAACACACGUCUCUCCCCCAUCAUUUAAAUACACAACAAAAUUGUUCCAUUAAGAUACUGAAAUAAGCAUGAAGGAAAAGAAUAAUGUUAAAACAAUGCAGCUAUUAAGAGGCAGAAAAGAACAGAGCAAUGUGUAGAAAAAUAUCAUCUUUGUGCUCCCUUUUCCCUUAGGGUCCAGUGUGCUUUGAAGACGUAGCUGUUCCUUUCACAGAGGAGGACUGGGCUUUGCUGGAUCCUGACCAGAGAGCUCUGCAGAAGCAAGUCAAGGAGGAGAAUCCUGGGAUCGUGGCCUCUCUGGUAAGGCUCCCUGCUGGAUCAUAAGAUCAGUUUUGAAAUUCCAUACAGAUCUCUGAAGGACAAACCUCCUCUAUUUUGAGGAGCCCCAUAGCGCCACCUACAGCAUCUGAGAUGUUAACACACCCACAACUCUCCAUAGGAGAUGUAUCUCCUGUUCUGUCUGGGAAUAUUCUUCCACCAGUCCUGCCUUUUCCAACCGUGAGGAGGCUGCUCUGAGCUGCCCAGGCCUUCUUCAAUGUAGGCUUCAGAGAUCUCAGGGAUGUGGAGGAACAUCCUGUCAAAUUUUCUGUUUCCCUUUCUGCAUCUCUGUUUUUGGUUGAGCAAAGAAAUGACUGAGCUUGGAGAUGGAGCGGAUUCCACGACUGAGCCAAAUUAAAUCCAUCCCUGGAACAGAGCCAGGCUUUUCGAAUCUCCAGUUCCCAUAAAUAAGUUAGGUAAUACCAGCCAAAAAGGCAGUAACUCCUUCCCUUCUUCCUCUUUCACAAACAUUCAUUUGCAUUCUUCAGUCAUUUCAGCCUCAAUUUCUUCCUCAGGCUAGGAUUAUGAUUAUGAUUAUGAUUAUUAAUGAUAUCAGGAAACAUGAUGAGGAAUUAAGGGGAAAGACAGUGUUGACCCAGAGUAGUUACAAAAUGUAUGUUCUCUCCCCAAGUGCCACAGACCCACCUCCAAAGAGAGCUUCUCUGAAGAAAGCACAAGCAAAAAUCAAUUUUACGUGAAUAAGAAAAAUGAGGAGGUGGCUAAGAAACAGCAGGAGCCAGAUCCUAUUACUGACCUUAUAGGAUCUCUCAGCAGCUCUAAGGAUGAGCAGAAAGAGGUUUUGGGCCCAGGCAGCUCAACUGCUAAGUCAUCUCUGGCACUGAGACCAGGAGCUCAAGCGACUCAAGGCCAAAUUCAGGCUAAACAAGUAGAGGAACUAAUGAGAAAGAAAAUUUCAGAACUAUCCUCAGGAAAUGCUAAUACAAGGAUAAAAGACUCCUUCUCCCAAGCCUCUGGUGCAAAUGAGGAAUUAUCAGUCAUUGGGUGACUUGUACUGCUAACAAGGGACAUAGAAUGCAUAAAAUCCUUUUGGCUGACUGUAAUAAAAUUCUUACCAUCCUGAUAGGUACUUGUAAAACCUUCUGGAAUAAAAUCUGGCAGAGUCUGUGGAACCAGAUAAUACAACAAUAUCUCUUUCCCUACCAUUAAAAAUAGAUCAAUAAGGGAGGUUUAAUUCGUCCACAUGGCAAAAGGAGGUCUAUAAGUACAAAGAAGAGCAAAAAUGUUAAAAAAAAUUAAAAUCGUGCAAUAUUAAAAAGUUGACUUAAAAAUACCUUUUAACUUACUUAAGAGUAGCUCAUGCUCUGGGUCCAGACAGAACACUUAAGAAGCUUGUACUGUACAGUGGUACCUUGGGUUAAGUACAUAAUUCGUUCCAGAGGUCCAUUCUUAACCUGAAACUGUUCUUAACCUGAAGACCACUUUAGCUAAUGGGGCCUCCUGCUGCUGACGCGCCGCCGGAGCAUGAUUUCUUUUCUCAUCCUGAAGCAAAGUUCUUAACCCGAGGUACUAUUUCUAGGUUAGCGGAGUCUGUAAGCUGAAACGUAUAUAACCUGAAGCCUAUGUAACCCGAGGUACCACUGUACUGGAAUUUGCACACCAGAUCCUUAUAUCAAUAUGAAACGAUAUGCAAGGUUAUCAAAUGGUCUGCUGUCCUGUCAGAAGCCAAAAUCAAACCAGGGAGAGGGUUUUGAUAAACAAGAAUUGGAAAUGGGUGCUGUCUCAAAAUAAGCUACUUCUCUCAAGCUACCAUAAGCCUUUGGGAAUCUUGUCACAAGAGGAGUGUAAAGUUUGUGAACAUAGUGCAUAAGCACAGAGAAUAUCUAAGGAGGAGUGGUGUAUCAGUCUGAAGAUUAUUCAAAAAUGUGGCAUCACCAGCUCCUCUGCUUCCACAUACAGCAACACCUCCAAAAGUCCUCAGUUCAAGGCAGACUAUCCUGCUUUAGUUGACAUAUACUCUGCAGGUGACAAUCCUGACUAGCCAGCUGACCUGGACCCCAAGGAACCCCAUAACUCAGACAGCCCUGGGUCCUUGCACUUGAGAAAUCUAGGGAAGGACCUACUUGACAGAACUGAAAAGAAUUGAUUGCAUGUCUUCUGUGCUCUGCCGUAAGAAGCCCAGAAUGAAAUAUUCCCCAGAUUUGACCUCUGACGUUCUUGCCUAAUAAGUUUGAAGGAAGGAACACAAGGGCUCAUGCAAGCAGAACUUGACCCUUUGUGCUCCAGAUCCAGCCCACCAGAUAUUCCAGCAUGAGUUGAAUUUAUGGGCUGAAAAGCCACCUCCUCCCACCAGCAGGUUAAUGAACCCUCUUUCCUACCAAUUGGAGAUGAAGAGCUUCCCCAAAGAUUUGGUCCACAUGCAAGAGGCAAAUAUGGCCAAAACAUCUGCGUCAACAGGACUCUCCGUAGAAAGCACCAAGCAUGGGGCCACUUACAGGUAUUAGCUACUCAUCUGUUUUCUGCCCAUGCUCUGGGGUUGCAGUUUUCAGGCUCAGGGACAGGAUGGUAACUCGUUUUGGCACCAAGUUCUGUUCAUAAGCCCCAAUGAGUUCAAUGGGAUCAACUCUCAGGUCACUAUUGUGCAGACCCUGCCAUCCUUACGAAGUGGGGUGAUUAGCAAACGGGAAACUGCAAGCACUGGAGAUGUUUACAAAUGGGGCUUCUGAUGAGAAGGGGCUGCCCCACUUGUUCUUCUCCAGAGGCAGGAGAAUAUCUAGGGCAGGAGAAUCCCUGCAGGGCCUCUGAGGCUCCCUUUGCUUCUUCCUCUCUCCCAGGACCCUGCAGCUUCUUCUGGCUCCUUGACUCCACAGGAAGGAUGAAAGAGACGCAUCCUGCAAAGCUAGCAAGGAUGGAAGGGGGAAGAUGGACGGUUGACCUGGUCAGGUUGUCUCCUGCAUCCCUCCUCUCAACCUCUGAGCGUUCCCUCCCAGGGACCUCCGAGAGAUCUGGUGAGUCCCAGAGGAGUGGAGAUGGGGACAUGGAGGGAUGGAUGGAGGGUGGAAGAGGGGAAGCUCUCUGGCCAGAAAUGAGAUAAAGCAGGGAUUUUACUGUGGAAGCUGUGGAUGGGGCCCCCAACAUUGGGAGGCUUCCCCCCAGCCAGAAAAUCCCUGCAGGGCCUCUGAGGCUCCCUUUGCUUCUUCCUCUCUCCCAGGACCCUGCAGCUUCUUUUGGCUCCUUGACUCCUCAGAAAAAUGUUGGCUUUUUGCAGUAUGGUAGCGCUGCAGAGAGCUUGCUGGGGAGACCAUGCAUUAAAAAGGGACUCAAAAAUAACUUAAACAAGGUUUUAAUAACAAAAACAAAAACUCCUUUUACACUAAAUACAUCAACAAAACAAACCAGACCCAACCACCAACCCAUCCCCCAGGGUAAUGGGAGAGCUAGGUGCAGCUCCUUAUAUACUACACCCAAUUGCCAACACGGCUUAAUCAAUACAACUCAGCAGCACCUGCUAUGUUUCACAGCUGUAAAGCUGGGUCUCGUUAUCUUGCUCUGGCCCCUUAAAGACAUACACAUCGGGUGGAACAAUGAUGAACCUUUACAUAUAAAGAAACCAUUCAACAGAAGGAUGAAAGAGACGGAUCCUGCAAAGCUAGCAAGGAUGGAAGGGGGAAGUUGGACGGUUGACCUGGUCAGGUUGUCUCCUGCAUCCCUCCCCACAACCUCUGAGCGUUCCCUCCCAGGGACCUCCGAGAGAUCUGGUGAGUCCCAGGGGAGGGGAGAUGGGGACCUGGAUGGAUGGAGCCAGAGAGGAAUUGGGGCUUGCUCAGCUUGGGGGUGGGGGGAGGCAGGCAGGCAGAUGGAGAUGGAGAAGGGGAGCACCUUUUUGGGCUCCCCCGCCUGCCUCCCUGCCUGCCUGCACCUUUGUCAUCUGCAGGCAAUUUGAGCUAGGAAUAGAUCACAGCUCCCCAGCCACCGCGAUGUACAGUGAUUCCAUGAUUGAGCCACAAAAAUAUCCAUCCCAGAUAAAAGCCAAGCAAUAUCUCAGUUAAUACCAGCCAACUAAGGAAGUGAAACCUAUAGGACGGCCUCACAUCUCAUUCUCUUCAGUUCUUCCUCUGUCACAAGCAUUCAUUAACAUUGUUCAAUAAUCUGGAGCUCCCAUUUCCUCCUGAGACUAAUUAGCUUCUCUCUUCAUUGCAGAUGGUGAUGAAUCAGAAGGGAAGAACAAGGGGAGCACAACAGAAUCCCCAUAGCGGAGAAGUCAUAUAAAUAUUCAGAGUGUGGAGAGAAGAUCCGUCAGAGUUCCCAGUCCACCUCCCAUCAAAGAAAGAGCUUCAUUCGAAGGAAUACCCUGACUUCACAUGAAAGAACACAGAGUAGGGAGAAAUUGUAUCAGUGCAGAGUAUGUGGAAAGAGCUUCAAUCGAAAGGGUAAUCUAACUUUGCAUCAAAGAGUUCAUACAGGGGAGAAACCAUAUAAUUGCUUGGAAUGUGGAAAGAGCUUCAGUCACUGGGGGAAUCUCACUUCCCAUCAAAGAGUUCAUACAGGGGAGAAACCGUAUCAGUGCUUGGAAUGUGGGAAGAACUUUAGUCACCGCCAGAAUCUCGCUUCUCAUCAAAGAAUUCAUACAGGGGAGAAACCGUAUCAGUGCUUGGAAUGUGGAAAGAGCUUCAAUCGGAAGGGUCACCUCACUUCCCAUCACAAAAUUCAUACAGGGAGAAACCCUAUCAGUGCUUGGAAUGUGGGAAGCGCUUCAGUCAGGAGGGGAAUCUCACUUCUCAUCAAAGAAUUCAUACAGGGAGAAACCCUAUCAGUGCUUGGAAUGUGGAAAGAGCUUUCGUCUGAGUGGUGAUCUCACUUCCCAUCAAAGAAUUCAUACAGGGAUAAACCCUAUCAGUGCUUGGAAUGUGGAAAGAGCUUCAGUAAGUGGGUGAAUCUCACUUUUCAUCAAAGAAUUCAUACAGGCGAGAAACCCUAUCAGUGCUUGGAUUGUGGAAAGGGCUUCAGUCGGAAGGAAAGUCUUACUACCCAUCAAAGAAUUCAUACAGGGCGAAACCCUAUCAGUGCUUCGAAUGUGGAAAAGGUUUUUGUCUGAGUGGUCAUCUGACUUCCCAUCAAAGACUUCAUACAGGAGAGAAACCGUAUCACUGCUUGGAAUGUGGAAAGAGCUUUCGUCUGAGUGGUGAUCUGACUUCCCAUCAAAGAGUUCACACAGGGGAAAACCCUAUCAGUGCUUGGAAUGUGGAAAGAGCUUUCGUCAGAGUGGUGAUCUGACUUCCCAUCAAAGAAUUCAUACAGGGGAGAAACCCUAUAUGUGCUUGGAAUGUGGGAAAAGCUUCCGGGAGGGCCACAAGCUCACUUCCCAUCAAAGAAUUCAUACAGGUGAGAAACCCUAUCAGUGCUUGGAAUGUGGAAAGAGCUUCAGUCAAAGUGCCACACUCUCUUACCAUCACAGAAUUCAUACAGGGGAGAAACCCUAUCAGUGCUCAGAAUGUGGGAAGCGCUUCAGUCAGGAGGGGAAUCUCACUUCUCAUCAAAGAAUUCAUACAGGGAGAAACCCUAUCAGUGCUCAGAAUGUGAAAAGAGCUUCAGUCGGAAGGAUAGUCUCACUUCCCAUCAAAGAAUCCAUACAAGAGAGAAAACGGUUUAGUGUUUGGAAUGUGGGAAAAGAUUCGUUCAUGGCCCACCAAAUAAUUCAUACGGGGUUGAAAGCAUAUCAGCACACGGAAUGUGUAUAAAAUUUCACUUGUUCAAAAGUCAAUUUAAGAUCUCACACCAGGGUGAAGUAUAGAAUUAUAGAUUCAGAAUCUAGUCCAGCCCCCUCCAGAAAUCUCAUUUCAAGCAUCCAUGACAGGUGGCCAUCCAACUUCUUCUUAAAACCCCCCAAUGAAGGUCCACCCCCUUCUGAGAGAGUUCCUUUUCACAGUCAGCUCUUACUAUCAGAGAGAAAAUAUAAAAAAGACUUUGGAGAAGACUUCCGGUGUGAUGGCCUAUGGCGUUUGGCUGCUUUCCCAGGACACCGGACCCUAGUCGUGCAAUUAAACAAGGUGAAUCUGGGGGUAAUUAUCCCUGUUGAACCCUGCAGGGAUGGGGCGCACAUGCCAUCCGAUAUCUGCUGCUCGCUACAGUGGAGGCAGGGGCGCUGGGUGUUUAGCAUUGCACGAGUUGGAAAAUCUCCAAUGCCAACGCCAUGAGCGGGAGCAUUCCUGUUUUUCAACAAAGAUUUGAAUUUGGACUUUGAAAGGACUUUUGUCGCUCUGCUACAGAAGAUGUGAAGUGAGCGUCUCAUCUUUGCUUAUACUUGCUACUGUUGGGCCAACGCCCUCCCUCAUUUGUCCGAAUGGUGAGGAACUUCGCCCGUAGUAGCAGAGUACAGCAGAAGCAGACUCUGGCUGGAAAGCAGCAUCGAGAAGAUAAGAAGGCAACAGAGCGACGAGCUGACUCACGCAGCCGUAUCCUUCAGCAAAAGCCAGAUGCAAGGACCAGAGGGGAGGAGGAGGAGAUAUAGAAAUCGCUCCCGUUCUCACACGAUGAUACAUUAGGUAAUUAGGCAAUUAAAGGCACAGUGUCACACUGUGCAAUGAAAGAAUGAAACACUGCAGUACUGACACCUACUUCAUGAUUUGGCAAGCCUCAUGGAGAAAGAUUCAAUUAAUUAAAUGGAAUGCAAGUGAAUCUUCAUUAAAAAAACUUGAGAAUUUGAUGUUUAAUGGUGCGGUCCUUUGUGGAGGGCUCUAAUUAGAACUGGCAAGGUAUCAGCUUGUUUGAAGAUAUGGAGAGACUUUGUUGAAAUACCGUGUUACCAGAGAAUGAGGCUGUAAUUUCAACUGCGUCACACGCCAUCUUCUCUCCUUUUUGUUAUUGUUUGAGUCCAGAUAGAGAGUAAUCUGGCGUCCCGCCAAAGCUCUGGCAAGACUCCAGCUUCUCCUUCCGUCCAACUCUCUCAAUAACGAUCUGGCAUCCUGCCAAAGCCAUAGCCGAUCAUCAAAGCUCAAACUCCAUUUCCUUCCAUAGGAAUACAGUCCAAAUUGUUUGUCCAGCAAUUUCUUUUCCACUUUUUAAUCUCAAUCUUUAAUCUUAAUGUAAUAUAACAUUAAAAUUUUACCUCUUAAGUACCAAAUUUCCAUUUCCUUAAACAUCUUUAAUCCUAAUCUUUAAUCUUAGUCUAUCUAUAACUUUAAAUCCUGUACAGCUGGAAACCACUUAUUUUCAAUUCAACAUCACUCUAACAUUCUUUAAUUUUGCAGUGUUUCUGAAGAUAGUCUUUGAAUUUCUUCCAAUCUUCCUCCACCAAGUCUUCUCCCUGGUCACGGAUUCUGCCAGUCAUUUCCGCCAAUUCCAUGUAGUCCAUCAUUCCUCCAGUGUGGGUAGCUCUUGUGUCUUCCAAUACUUUGCGAUGAGUAUUCUUGCUGCUGUUGUUGCAUACAUAAAGAAAGUUCUAUCCUUUUUUAGCACCAUUUGGCCGACCAUGCCCAGGAGAAAGGCCUCUGGUUUCUUAGGGAAGGUAUAUUUAAAUACCCUUUUCAUUUCAUUAUAAAUCAUCUCCCAGAAAGCCUUAAUCUUUGGGCACGUCCACCAAAGGUGAAAAAAUGUACCUUCAGUUUCUUUACAUUUCCAACAUUUAUUAUCGGGCAAAUGAUAGAUUUUUGCAAGCUUGACUGGGGUUAUGUACCACCUGUAUAUCAUUUUCAUAAUAUUCUCUCUUAAGGCAUUGCAUGCCGUAAAUUUCAUACCUGUGGUCCACAACUGUUCCCAGUCAGCAAACAUAAUGUUAUGUCCAACGUCUUGUGCCCAUUUAAUCAUAGCUGAUUUUACCGUUUCACAUUAACUGUGAAAUCUAUCGCUCUUACAGAAGAUUCUUCAGUUUGGGAAAAUAUCAGUCAGUUAAAAUACAUUACAUGUGUCUUAAUUUUAACUAAACAAAGGAAAGCAGGAAGACAGCCCAGAGUCCUGGAAGAUAAGAUGGUGGAAUGAAAUAGGGCCUUCUGAGGAGGGACUGCACCGAAAACAAUUGAUGGACAACAACAAGAAGAGCACAAUUUUCAUCAUGCAUGUUAAUUUAGAUAUAGAUCUGUUAAAUAUGAUGAAAGUUGCAUGCCAGUGGCUGUCAAGAUAAGAUAAAGGAUUAAGAUCGGGAUGAUAUUGGGAAUAAAUAAAGAGAGAAAAGUAGGAACAAGAACCAAAAAAAAUAAAUAAACCUCAUCAAUCUUUGACUUUUGUCUUCUGGGU